UUUCCCUCAUUCAAAUCCUCCCUCUCAGCACUUCGCAUGGCGAUUAGCAAGGUUGGCCUAUUCUAAUCGCGGUUUCUCGUUUGUGGAGUUACGAUGGGAUCUGCCCAGCAAUGACGGCAACAGCCGCGGUCGCAGCGUCCCCUGCUCUUGGGGAUGAGCUGGAACGAGCCGAGGGGGAGGAGCAGCAAUUCGAGGAGGAGUUAGACGAGCUCGAUGCGGAGAUCGAGAGACUUUUCACGGCUGAUGACGAGACCGCCGCGCACUCCGCGCUCGACGGCCUCUUAGCCAUCGGCUCCUCCGCGCUCCUGUCCCCGCCGCGCCCGCCCGUCGCUGAUAAGGACCCCGGCGCCGCAGGUUGCGCUGGGGGAAGGGCGAUCGGAGGUGACAGCGGCGCGAGUCCCGGCGCGGGUCCCGGGAAGGUCGGGAAGUUCGGGAAGGACGGGAAUGGGGAGGAAGAGGCGUCGCUAGAGGACUCGUUAAUUUGGGAGCUGGACGAAGGCUGUGGCGUUGACGAGGAGCGAGUAGCCGUGGUCGAUGGAUAUUCUAAAGGUUCGGAUCUGCUUCUUCCGGGGGUUGGGGAGACGGCGGACCGCUUCCCCACAGCGGCGGACGCCGCCUCUAUCUUCGAGGACGAGGUGGCGGAGGUGCUCCGCGUGGCGCACCGCCAGGUGAGCGGUCUGAAGCUCGAGGCGGCAUGGCUGCGCUCCGGGCUGCUAGCGCUGCAGAAGGACGUGCGCAUGUUGCGGUCGGAGAACGACGCGUUGCAGGGGCAGCGCCGCCGCGCGGACCAGCGCCUGCUGCUGCUGCUGCGGGAGAAGGAGCUCGCGGAGGAGCAGCGCAGGGUGGCGGAGGAGCAGCGCCGCGAGGCGGAAGGCGCGCAGGAUACGCUCCGCGGAGUGGUUUCCCGCGCGGUGGCGGAAGCGGCGGUGCUGCGGAGGCAGCUCGCGGUGUGGAAGCCGCCCGGCGGCGCUUGGGCAAUGGCGGUCAAGGCGGGGACUUGGUGGGGCGCGGAGAUAGGUGGAAGCGCGGUGGGCGGAAGCGUGAUGGGCGGGAGCGGGUUGGCAGGGGGGAGAAGCGCAAGCCCGGGCCCGAUUCAGCGCACACUCAGCAGCAACUCCCUCCGCGACAGCCUGGACGGGAGCGGCGCUCUCCCGCUCAAACUCUCUCGUGGAGGAAGCGCGCGUGCUGAGCCAGGGGGGGUAGUAGCGGCCGCAGUCGCGCAUGCGACGGGAUGCGUCGCAGCCGGGGAUGCGUUGGAGGGUUUCGCAGGGGGGAAAGACAGCCUGCACCGCACGUCGGGAGGCGCAGGGAGCGGAAAGACUGCAGUACCCUCGCACGUUGCGGGGGCCAUGGGGGGCGCGGGUUGCGCGGAAGUCCCCUGCCGUUUGGCGGAGGCGGGGCGGAGCGACAGCGGGGUGUGGGCGGAGGUGAAGCAGGUGGGCGCGGGGAUGGGCCUGGCGAUGGACUCUGACGUGGAUGCUGACGAGGACGCGGCGCUGCUGCGCGAGGAGAACCGCCAGCUGCAGGCGCUGCUGCGCGAGUCGCAGUGCGACCUGCACGCGCUCGAGGACAACGUCGCGCGCCUCAAGCGCGUCGUCGCCGCGCAAGAGGCGGCGGUGGACGUGGCGGCGGACGCGACGGCGGACGCGGCGGCAUCUAAGGCGGUUGGAAACGGGGCGACGGGGUUGGGGAUGGGCGACGUGGUGGACGGGGGGGAGGAGGAAUGGGGGGGAGGUGGGGAUGGGGGGGAUUUGGAAGGGGAGCAGGUGGGCGGAUGGGAGGAGGAGAUUAGGGGGGAGAGGGAGCGGCUAAGAAAAGCGUGGGAGGAGGUGGAGAGAGAGAGAGAGAUUCUUAUCACCUUGCAGAAGCAGCUUAUAUCAGGGACAGACGUUGGGCAACUGCAGGUUCACUACAAACAACACCAAAAGCAAUCGCAGCAGCAGCAGCCACAGCCGCAGCAGGCGUGUGGCGACACAGCAGCAGGUGGUGGUGGUGACAGCUGUGCGCAUGUUGCUUGCGGGAAUAGCGGAGUGGAGACGGUGUCACAGGAAGGGCGCGGGGUGGUGGGACUAGGAGGGAUGACCGCAGAGGGGGACCUAGAGGUCCCACAAAGAGGGGCCGGCCUCCUCGCCACUCAAAGUGCUGCCAUGGAGGGUGAUGGUAGUGCUUGGGUGAUGGAGGGUGCGGCAGCAAGGUUGCUGGAGGCGACAGGUCGACGCCACAGCGCCCCAGGCGGUGCCCCUGCCCCCCCUGCUUUCACAGUCACGCUUCCAGCGUCUCCUGCUGCUGUCACUGAUGGUGGAGGAGACGGAGGCGGAUUCGGGCAACCGCUGGCGGAUUUUGGAGCUUUUGAGGCCCAUGUUCCUGUGGCUGAUGUGACUGUAUCGGGUGGUGUUCGUUCCACCGAUGAUCCUGCGGCGGGAGUGGGCGUUGAUCUGGAGAUGGUGCGGAUUCUGGAGCUGGAGGCGCAGAGGGAGCUGCUGGGCCUGCUGCAGCUCAGCGAGGAUGAGGCAGAAGCCGAAGCUGACGCUGAGGCCAGCCCCACUGCUGCGGGCGCGCAGCACGAGGCGGGGGAUGCAGCGUCUGAAGGUGGGGCAGAGGAGGUGCCAGCUGAGGCAGCAGCAGCAGCAGCAGCAGCAGCAGCAGCAGCAGCACCAGCGGCGGCAGCGGUUAGUGGUAGCGCAGCAGCAGAUGAGCAGAAUGCUGCCGCUGCUGCUGCUUCUGCUGCCGCUACUGUUCCUGCUGGCGUGGAUAUCUCUGGCCGUGCCACUGGGAAAGCUGGUGUGUCUAUCAGUGUGUGCAGGGAUGGCUUGGAGCCACACCCUGGUGCUGCGUCACUACCAUCCCCAGGCCCGUAUCCACUCGCACUGUCCGGCAGAGGCGUGAGCUGGAGCACCAGUGUGGGCAGCAGCGGCAGCAAUGGCGCCAGGGACAGUGCCGUGGCCACCGCUGCUAACGGCGCUUUGUCCUUUGCUGGUGCUUGCUCGCCUGCAGCGAAUCCGGGCUUGCCAGGUGGACCUGCCACUGUGACGGAUAUGUGGACGGCGGCUGCUCGUGCGGCAACUCAGCUGAGAAUAUCCCUUGAAGCGGCAGGAAGCGGUAACUAUGUGGUGUCGCCAGACAGUCACACUGGGAGGAGGAGCAUCGGUGGGGGUAGUGAUGCUGGCAGUGAUGCUGGUAAUGAUGCUGCUGGUGAUGAUGAGAGUGCGGCCAGUUGUGCUCCCGCCGAUGUUGGUGGGUUGAUUGGUGCCACCGUUACUGUCAGCACCACCACUGCCACCACGACGACCACCACCACCAGCAGCAGCAGCAGCACUAGCCACACGGACCGCAGUUUUAGCAUCACCUCGGGCAGUGUGAGCACUCCAGCCUCCUCCCUUCCCACUGCCCCCACCAUCACGACCAGCAGCACCACCGCUGCCUCUUGUGCUUCCUCCUCUGUCUUAUCCCGCACUCACUCCUCCAUGCCACCUCUCCCUCCUGCCGUCCCUGCUACCUCACAGCACUCCUCUCCCUCACCUCCCCUCUCCCUCCACCCCCCUCACUCCUUAUCCGCGCCCCCCUCCUCUCCUGCGCUUGAUGCUAUUUUAUGCGAGAACGAGCGGCUUAGGGAGGACAUGGCGGAUAUGGCAGUGCAGAAGAGGCAGACUGUGUCGCAUUUGUCCUCGUUAUUAGACGACCUGUGGCAGCAGCACAGGGGCCUGCAGCAGUGCCUGAAAGGGAUGCGAGCGGCGAAGGCGAUCUGUGAGGGGUGCUCUGUGUGUGAGGAGAGGCGGCAGGCUGCUAGGGCGGAUGACAUGCUGUGUGGAUGGGGAUGAAGGGGCUGCUGCCGAGGAAGGAUGUGCCCGGUAGGGAGGAAGGGUUGAAGGGUGGAGGGGAGGUCAUCAACGGAGCAGGUUUAGGCGAGGGAUAAAUUGGCAGGAAGGUGGCGAAGGGAGAGUCGAGAGGAGGGGGAGGGAACAGGAUGAGGGGUGGAUGGCUGGUGGAGUAUGGGUGAGGUGUGGGAAAGUGAGGAGGGACGAAUGGGGGUUAGAGGGUCUUGGGGGAAGAGGGAGGGUCCAUGAGGACUUGAGAUGGCUGUGGAAGUGAGGAUGGGUAAGUGGGAUUGAGAUCAGAAGCGUGGGUGGAUGGAGGGUUAUAUGGUCGGAUACUUGUUGAGGGAUUCUUGGAAUGCAUGUGCUAUGUUAUUUAUGUGAUUCGCAAAUAUGAACAUGUUU